GGGAAGGAGAGAAAUAGAAAUAGUCUGAGGGAAAGGCAGGGAGAGAGACAGUGAGAGGUCAAAAUCAGAAACAGAACAGAGAAGAGAGAACAGCAGUUGUAUUUCUCCUCGAUGGUUUGCUGCUGACUGGAGACGAGCCUGAGCGUGGAGCAGCACUGAAUGAGAGGGAGGGCAGUGACAGAAGCAGGGGGCGAGCGAGUGAGCAAGAGAGGAGCGACUCACUCCUCACACAAACACACGCAGAGGGCGUGAGACUGGGAUUCAGGGAGCUAGCGCUGUGUGUAGGCAGGUCUGUCCACAAGCUGUGAGCUGGAAUAAACGAGGCAGUCAGCAGUCCUUUCUAUUCUCCGACAGGACUCUUUCUUUCCACCAACCUCACAAUUUAUCCACCCAGUGUUCCAUUCGACUGAAGACAAAAAGGACAGCUGCAGAGAUCCAACAAUAGUACAACCAACCGGUGGGAGGUGCUAAUGCAGUGAGGUCAGCGGUCACAGGCCCCAGGUUGAUGCAGUAAAGUGCAUUUCAGAAAACUCUGAAGAAAAGGUGUUCUGGCCAUGGGGAACCUCAUUAAGGUCCUUGGCAAGGAUUUAGAGAACUGUCCACAUUUUUUCCUGGACUUCGAAAAUGCCCAGCCCACAGAGGCAGAGACAGCGGUGUGGAAUCAGGUGAGCGCCAUCCUGGAAGAGGCACAUGGCAUACUGGCAGAGCUGCAGUCCUACAAUGGGGCCGGGCAGGAGAUACGAGAGGCCAUUCAGAAUCCAGGUGACUUACAGCUGCAGGAGAAGGCCUGGAAUGCUGUCUGCCCCCUGGUGGCUAAACUGAAACGCUUCUACGAGUUCUCCCUCCGGCUGGAGAAUGCCCUACGCAGCCUGUUGGAGGCACUCACAAGUCCGCCAUAUGCCCCUAUGCAGCACCUGGAGCGGGAGCAGGCACUGGCAAAGCAGUUCGCCGAGAUCCUCCACUUCACGCUCAGCUUUGAUGAGCUCAAGAUGACUAAUCCUGCCAUUCAGAAUGACUUCAGCUACUACAGGAGGACCAUCAGUAGAAACCGACUAAACAAUCAACAGCUGGAGGCUGAGAAUGAGGUUAACAAUGAGAUGGCCAAUCGGAUGUCCCUGUUUUACGCUGAAGCUACACCCAUGCUGAAGACCCUGAGCAAUGCAACAACCAAGUUUGUGUCUGAGAACAAGACACUGCCUAUUGAAGACACCACAGAUUGCCUGAGCACUAUGGCAUGUGUGUGUCGUGUGAUGCUGGAGACUCCUGAGUACCGAUGUCGCUUCACCAACACAGACACCAUGCUGUUCUGUAUGCGGGUCAUGGUGGGCGUCAUCAUUCUUUAUGACCACGUCCAUCCAGUGGGCGCCUUCGCUAAGACCUCCAAGAUUGACAUGAAGGGCUGCAUCAAGGUGCUAAAAGAGCAGCCCUCAAACAGUGUGGAAGGCCUGCUUAAUGCACUGCGGUACACAACACGACAUCUAAAUGAUGACAGCACCUCGAAACAAAUCCGAGCUCUGCUCCAGUGAGAGCGGAUGAAGACGGCGGGGAACGAGGAAGAAUGAAAGAGAGAGAAAGAGAACAUAAAGGAAGGAGGAGUGACCGAGAUAGAAAUGCUUGAAUCUGCUACUUAUGGGUGAUCCAACCUCAGAAAAGUGUUUGUUUACAAGCGUGAAAACAUUAAACCCAUCUCAGUAUCAAUAACCUGGAGAAAAAAAAAGAGUAAGGAAAAAAAGUAUAUAUACUGUAAAGCGUUCAUCAUCAUGCCUCUCAUUUUAUGUAAUAAACAAGGAGAAAAAAGAAUGUAGAAAUAUAUUAAUGUCCAAAAGCAGAAACAAAGGGAUCCAGAAAGAAAAGAAAUAGAAUUAUCUAAACUAUCUAUAUGCCUCUGGUUAGGAGUAAAGGUUUAAAUUAACCCUGAUGCCAGAGUCCUUUUGCACUCCAAAUCUUGCCAUCUCCAUCUCCAUCUCCAUCUCCAUCUCAAUGUAAGAAGAUUUGAAAGGAAGAUGAGUAGACUUGAGAUAAUGUCGCCCUUUAGAUUCCAUCUGCUGAUAGACAUACGUACAUGCUUCCUCCAUGCCUGUUACUGAUGACCGCGUGACCUCUGACCUCUGAGUUCUGGGAUCUGUAGGGUUCCGUUAUAGACCCCUACAGCAACCAGCCCGUCAUGCCAUAUCUCAGACAAAGAAAGGAAAUAUUCAUUUCUAAUGAAGUUCCAUUUGUGUUGCUGUUCUACUGCUGUAACAUUCUCAAAAGAGCACACGAUAGAGUUAAUGAACUAAGAUUUUCUAUUAGAGAUUCUCAUCAAUGCUGUACAGUGAUGGCCAAACUCCAGCCACAGCCAUAAAGUAAUGUUAACUCAAAGGUUAAACUACUCUGAAGAGUUUCUUUGUGAGCACUUGCCUAUGGCUGGAAAUAUGUUGAGGCUCAUGGCUCCUACUGACAGACACACACCCACAGUCAAACGGCAGCACCUCCAUCACCUCCAUCUUGCUCCAUCACCGUGUGCUGUUCCACUGUGGCCCCCCGCUUGGCCCUGUGGUGCCAGAGGCGGGGGAAUAAAUUCUGUUUUAGGGGCCAGAGGCAACCCCCCCCCCCCCUCUCUCCCUUCCUCUGUCAUCCAAUGCAGUUACACACAUAGAAACACAGAUGUCUGUGAGGACUAUAAACUCCCAGAAAAAGCCCUCCAUCAACAUCAACAUUCGCCUGCUUUAGCCAGAGAGCAUUGAAUGGAAGGAACAAUGGAAGGACUGGAGGCAGCCAUCCACUCAAGGGGACAUUCUUAUAACACACAUACACAGAACACACACGCAAACAUAUGCACACCCCAAACACGUACACACCCAUAUACUUGCAGGAGGUUGAGUAACAUUUUGGUGUAAAUAAGGGAGAGCUCUAAGAAAUUUCCAUCAGGCAUCUAAGAGGCCUGCUAAAGAAAAAACAAAUGUGCUUAUGAUUAACUAGAGAUUCCGUCCUUUAGUAUGAAGCAAUUUUUACAUGACAUUGUGACAUGUGGAUAUUUGAAAAAGGAAAGAUAAUGUGUUUUUAUCAGAAUGAGGAGAGUGACACAGUACUGUAGUUUGGAUGGCUGUAGUCCUUAGUCCCACUUCAUUUGAUCAUAUAUUUUCUAUACAUGGGUAUGUUAACAGGCAUACUCUGUAUAAAUCUCUAGAUGGCAUGCUGCAGAAGGUCAGAUAAGAUGUGUAAAUACCGUGUUUUUAAUUCAUUUUGAAUUGUUCUGUGAACUUAAUUGGGUAUGUGUUGGGUAUGUGACUCUCAGAACCAUGUAUUUGGCUUGGGCCAGCAGACAUGCCAUAGUCUUAGGUCUCAAAUUUUCGACUUCAUGUUUUGGCAAACACAGCUAAGGUGUGUGUGUGUGUGUGCGUGCGUGCGUGC